AUGGAGCAGCAAGGCUUUACUACGGACGCUGCAGCAGCAGCAGAUCCCUCAGCAGCAGCAGCAACAGCAACAACAGCAGCAGCAGCAACAGCAACAGCAGCAGGAGCUUCAGAGGAAGAUGCCUGGGCGGAUUUGUUUAUUUUCCCCCCCAUUAACUUUGUCGAUGUGCUGCAGCAGCAGCAGCGCUCGCCUCAGGACAGCAGCAGCAGCAGCGACGACAGCAGCAGCAACAGCAAUGAGGUGUACGUACUGGUGAAUGUGGACUUGGAGGGCUCUAGGCAAGUGCCCUCGCUGCAGCAGGAGGAAGGGUCUCCCUCUCCUGUCUCCGACUCCCCAACAGGGCAGCAGCAACGGCAGCAGCAGCAGCAGCAGCAGCAGCAGCUGCAGCAGAAGGCAGCAGCAACAGAACCGGCUCGGGGCUGUCUGUACAAGUUAGAGGAGCUGUACGUCUGUGAGCCUUGUAGGAGGAUUCUCUCGCCGCUGCAGGUGGUAGAAGAGGUCGAGUGCUACGUCUGCCCCGGUUGUUUGGAGCUGCUGCCGCCUGCUGCUGGUGCUGCAUGCGGCUUUCGCUGCAGCAAAUGUUUUUGCUGCCCUCGAUGUUUAAAUGGUUUGUCUCUGUCUCGUAAGCGAAAGGAGGAGACAGUUGUGGGGUGGCCAGGAGGAGACGAUCCCGGAGACGAUCCCGGAGACCAUCCCAGGGAGGCGCUGCCUUUCCUGUACAACGACGACAGAGAUGAGGAUUUAGCUGGUGUCGCAGUGAGACACGCAGCAGCAGCAGCAAAAGCAGAAGCAGCAGCAGCAGCAGCUGCUGCUGCGAACUACGCCUCGUUGCUGGACGCCGAAGCAGAGGAGAAGGCAGCAGAAGCAGCAGCAGCAGCAGCAGCAGAAAAGGCCCGGAAGGCUGUUAUCGCUGCAUGCGAAGGAGACGCUUCGGAGGUGGAGAGACACCUGAAGGAGACAGCUGGAUUUGCUGUUCACGGCGCCCCACAGCGCUGCGACAGUUUGCUGUCUGUUGCUAGCCUUGACUUCGAUCUAGAGGAGGAGGAGACACCUGCUGCUGCUGCUGCUGCAGACAGCGAUGACGGGAACGACGGAGCAGCAAGAGCAGCAGCAGGAGCAGCAGCAGCAGGGGCGGGGGCAAGCUGCAGCGGGAAGCACGUAUAUUUUUACUGCUGCAGCUACUGCAGCUGGAGCUCGGAGACAGCAGGUGUCUCCUCGUGUCUACCUGCUGCUCUUCCUGUGUUUGCUGCUCAGGGAGACAAACUAGGACUAGCAGAAUAUACAUUUAAUGAGAUUCUUGCGGUGCUAGAGCAAAAAGCAAGCGAGAAAGAGAGGAGGAGACAGCUUCAGCAAACUGUAAAGAGCAGAGCGGUUGUAGCCCUUAUAGCUGCAGCAGCAAACGCGCAGCCUCGCGGUGCUGCGCGGCGACUGCUACCAGCAGCAGCAGGGACAGCAGGAGCAGCAGCAGCAGGGACAGCAGCAGCAGCAGCAGCAGCAGCGGGACAUUGGGGGCUUAGAGAAGCUGAAGCAGCAGAAGCAGCAAGAGAAAAACAAAUCAAAGAAUUCGAUGUGUGGGAGUUUAAGAGACCCUCAAGUUGGUUGUUUGCUGCUCCUCGAGUGUCUCUUGCUGCUGUUGCCUCAGGGCAGCACCUGCGUUGCAGCGUGAGAGAUACCCUUGCUGCUGCUGCUGCAGCAGCAACAGCACGAAAAAGAGGUGCUGCAGCACAAGAACACCCCUUGAUGGAAGCAGCAGACACGUCACCGGCAGCACCAGCAGCAGCAGCAGCAGCAGCAGCAGCAGCAGCAGAUACGGCAGGAGACAACUUUUCGUUGUCUUCUGUCUCCACUGCCUCUGGAUAUGAGUGUCUCUUCCCUUCUUUCUCUCAGCCGCUUCAUGCCGAACAGCUGCUGGUUGAUCAGGGGCACCCUGAUGUGUCUCCUUUAUAUUCAGGGCCCCGCGCUGUUGCAUUUGCAAGACAUCUGCGCAUGCAGGACCGUGUGGGGCUGCAGCAGCUGCUGCUGUGUCCGGAGGCGUUUGCUGCUGCAGCAGCAGGUUGCUCCUUCCUGCCUCUGAAGCGCCGGGAGCUGCUGCAGCGACGCAGCAAACGCUGCAGCAGCUGCAGCAGAUUUCUUGUGAAGGCUAAUCUUGCUCUCGAUGGGCUGUCUCCUUUUCGUGUUAACAAGGCAGCAAAUUUGUCUCUUCCAGCAAUGCAGUGCUGCAUUAGCAGCAACACGGGGUGUCUCCUUCAAGGGGAGAAACACUGUCUCUUCUUGCUGCUAACAAGCUCAGCAGACACCCCAGUUUCUCUGCGCUUCAAGUCCCCCACUGCUGCUACAUUAAGACGAGCCCUGCACCUGCAGCAGCAGCAGCAGCAGAAACAACAACAACAACAGCAGCAGCAGCAGCAGCAGCAGCAACAGCAGCAAGAGAAGCAGCAGCAGCGCUGGUGGACGGUGGAGUGGAGCGGCGAGCUGUCUGUACAGCUGGCAGCAUAUGAUGAAGUACUUGAAGAGAUAUCAGCGCAAGGAGAGACAGAAAUUGAAGCAGCUGCAGCAAUAGACAAGCGACCAGAGAGCGGAGACGCAGUGGUGCUGCAGCGCGGGAAUGUUGCAUUGCUGCAGCUUGAGGUGUACGUACACCCCAAUACUGCCGGUGCUCACGGAGUGCUACCACUAGCAGCAGAAGUGUCUCUUGGGGGUGCAGCAGAGGGGCCCCCGCUGCAGCUGCUGCUGGUUGCUGCUUUAGGGCUAAUCAAAACAUCGUCUACUGGCCUCUCCUCAGCCAGCAAUAAGGCGGCAGCAGAGCAGCAAGCGCAGCAGCAGCAGCAGCAGCAACAGCAGCAACAGCAGAUUACUGUCCCCAAGUGUCCCUGCGGCAAAGUAAACCCGCGACAGAAACAGGGUAGUCAAACACAUCAGCAACAGAUACAGCUCGCCGCAGAGGCAGCUCUGAUCCGCAGCAGCAGCAGCAACAGCAACAACAACAGCAACUGCAGCAAAGGCAGCAGCAACGACUGCAGCAGAAGCAGCAGCAGCAACCGCAGAAAAGUGGCAGCAGUAACUGCGGCCAAAGCAGCAGCAGCGACUGCAGCAACAGCGGCAGCCGAAACCACAGCAGCAGCAGCAACAGCAGCAGUAGCAACAACAACAGCAGCAGCAGCAGCAACAACAGCAACAGCAGCAGCAGCAGCAGCAGCAGCCGUAGCAGUCACGACUGGAGGCGGCUGCACAAGCCACAACAUCAGCUGCAACAGCAACCGCAAAAGCAGCAGCAACAGCCGCAGCUGGACCACGGGGGGCAGCAGGAGCAGCAGCAGUAGCUGCAGCAGUAGCAGCAGCAAUAGCAGCAGCAGUAGCAGCAACCGUAGCAGCAACCGUAGCAGCAGCCGUCGCAGCAGCAGCAGACAGCAUGAAGUCUUAGGGCUGCAUCUUUUAAAUUGUUUAACAGCACCUGCUUGGGUGCGUUGCGACUCUUCGUCGUUUCUUGUAAGUCUUCAUAGCCAGGGUGUAUAUGCAGCUGAUUUGGGGUGUGUAGAUCUGUUGGAUUUGUGUGCAUGGAGAUGCAGUUCUUUUAGCGUUUGA